GCUGGGCUCCCUCCGGGAGCGCUGGUGCGUGGCGCUCAAGCCCCCAGGCUUUGCUGGCGCCGCUGCGCACCCGUUGCCCUCGCUGGAAGCUACGCUGACGCCGUUCCUUCCGGAGGGCCGCUCCAUGUCCUUCCCCGUGAAGCCGGAGAGGGAUGCAGAAGGUUUGGUAGUUGUGACCACGGAUGAUGCGAUGAGAAAGUCCUUCGAUGAAACUCUGCGCCGUGGGCUGGUGCGGUGCCGCUACCGGCUGCUGGCAGAUGUGGCAUCCCCUGGAGAGAUCAUUGGCACUGCCGAGUUGGUGGAGUCUGGGCAACUUCGGGCAGAAGGCACAGAUGCCGAGACCUUUCCGUUCGAGCUCUACAGCGGGCCUUUGGCCUGCCCGAGCGCAAACAUAAGGACAGCGCUAUACCUGGUCUCAGCAAGGCCUUCCACAAAGGCGGCGCGCCAGGUUAGACGCAGCUUCGCUUCGGCUGGUGCUCCUGUCAUGUUCGAUCCGGUGUAUCAUCCUCUGUAUCGGGAAGCGAGCAGGUCAGCAAAGAGCCUGGAAGACAUGACUUCGGCCAUUCCAGGUUCUUUGACCAUGCAGCUCUUCGAGCUGGAGAUGCCUGACCCCUUUCGGCCCUGGGAAAUGGUCCACAUCGCCGCCCCAAUGCCGCAGGAGUGGCUGGCUAUCCACCCUCUUGCUGAGCUUGAGGGCGAUGAGGAUCAUGCCUGUUCAGCUGACUGGCUGGAGACUUCGAAGUGA